AAUUCUCUCUCGAGCGCAUUAUUCAAUAGCACCAGCAUACGUUUACGUCAUUUAGCAGACGCUCUUAUCCAGAGCGACUUACAAAUUGGCAUACCCAGUGAAAGUUAAAAUAUCACAUGGUACAUCAAUCUCUUACGUAUGAAUAGGCUACUGGUACAUACAUGUACGCAGUAAAACAAAAUACAUUUCAGAUGCUUUAUUGUCCUGCAUUGGUGUCAGUGUCAGUCAGUGGGCACGAAGCUGGCUGUCUAGUUCUGACAGUCAGCAGCGAGCACACAUUACGCGCCCCCGUGCGGGCGGUAACAGCAGCUGUAGGACAGACCGCCUGAAAAACAACGCAGCCAUUUUGAGUCGAGAAUAAAAACUCAAAAGCUCAAAGAAAUCCACUCUAUUUCCUCUAUAAUAAUUCAAAAUAAGUACAGUCGGCAACAUAAUCGACGUAUCGUGUGGUUCGUUUCCAUUUGCAACGCCAGCCGUACAACUACCCAAUGCAAUCCUGUCUGUACUGUUGUCCCAAUUUUUCGCCCGUGCUAUCACAUCCGGCUGGCAUUCCUUAAAUGCAAUUUGUAACAAUUCAUCCCAAACUGUAAAUCUAGCAAUAACCAAUCAGCGCACCCCGGAAUCCGAUGUCAGUGACGGCGUAUCCAAUCGGCGCAUGCGUCUCACUAGCUGUGUAGCAGAGUGAAGAUGGCGGCGGGCUCCGAUUUACUGGAUGAUGUUUUUUUCAACACAGAGGUGGACGAGAAAGUAGUUAGUGAUCUAGUUGGAUCUUUGGAGUCUGAGCUCACGGGAUCGGGUCGUGGAAAUUCUUCGGUCAGGGUCCAGUCUGCAGCAAAUCACAUUGACAACUCCGCUGUAGGUCGCAAUUCCAAUGUCCAGGACAGCAAAAUGGGACUUUCACAAGAGCUUGCUAAACCAGGGACUGGCGUGCAAGGGGGUGUCAUUAAUAGUAGGAGGUCCCAGGGUUCAACCAUGUAUGCAGCGAUCGGGACGACGGCGGCGGGCUCGAGCAUGACAGCCGGGCACAGUCCGAGCAAGACUGGGACAGUCAGUGGUGUGGUAACGGUGGUUCCCGAUCACGGGGUAGGGAUCAGAAAAACUGUGGCGGCUGGUGUACAAACUUUAAAUGGAAGUAGCGUUGUGAUAAACUCUCAUAAUUCAGGAAGUGUUGCCGCUUUGGGGUGCUCAGCAGGCAGCACAGUGGCCGCCGUCGCGGUUGUCAACAACGGACCGAGCUCCGUGGUCAAAGGAAACACAAACUUACCCUCAACUUCCAGCACUGUUAUUCAAACACCUGUUAUGCACAAUGCUGUCACUUCACCUGUGAUAUCGUCUCAGCUGUCUGUUCUAAACGGUGUGCCCACUGUCACGCUCGUGAGGCCGCCUAUGCAAACACCCGGAACAGUCACCUCGCAGAGCGGGAGUAAUAAUACCGUUCUGAUACCAUCUGUCGACGUUGCCCACCCUGCAAGUUCAGGAGCUCAAAUCAACAAGUUGGAGUUGCCAAAAACGACCAUACAAACGACUUCACAAGUCGCCGCCCCCAGUGUUGUAGGAAAAAGUCUGGUUUUACAAAAUGUGAGGACCUCCAUCCCAUCGACUAUUGCAGGCAGUCCUGGCGGGAUAAAGGCGAUCGUGCCACAGGUGUUCUCCCCGAGACUUCCGCAACCCCAACAGAAUGCUUCAAACAUCCAAAACAUUCAGCUCCCUCCAGGCAUGGUGCUGGUGCGCAGUGAGAGUGGGCAACUUUUGAUGAUCCACCAGCAGACCCUGGCCCAGAUGCAGGCCCAGUCCCAGUCCCAGAGCGCCAUGACCCCACGGGCAGCCACCCCCACCAGCACUCCCCCUGUCCAGAUCACCUCUGUACAGGCUCCAGGGAUGCCCAUGAUGGCCCGUCAAGUGACCCCCACCACCAUCACUAAGCAGGGCUCCCCGGCCCAGACUGCUGUCCAGGCCACCACUACCCUCCAGAGGCCUCCUGUACUACAGCAGAACACCAUUAUGCUGGGUGGGGUGGCUGCCACCCCAGGUCAGGCCCCAGUACAGCCUGGCUCGGCAGCAGUCACCCAGAGAGCAGGGACCCCUGGAACUACUGGGACACCAGGCACCCCCAUAGUCGCUUCUACCACGGAGAUCCUGGAGAACGUGAAGAAGUGUAAGAACUUCCUGUCCACGCUGAUCAAGCUGGCAUCUAGCGGGAAGCAGUCGCCUGAGACCACAGCCAACGUCAAGGAGUUAGUCAAGAGCCUGCUGGAGGGUAAGAUCGAAGCGGAGGACUUCACCAGUCAGUUAUACCGGGAGCUCAACUCCUCUCCUCAGCCAUAUCUCGUGCCUUUCCUCAAGAGGAGUCUUCCUGCACUGCGUCAAAUGACCCCAGACUCGGCAGCCUUCAUCCAGCAGAGCCAGCUGCCUCAGGCUAGCGCCCAGCCUGUCGCCUCCUCCAAGGCCUUGACUGCUGUGGUGCUGGGGGGCAUGGCUGCCGCACAGAGAUCCCCUCUCAACAGCAGCAGCCCUGGGGCCAAAGGGACCGUGCACCAGUCUCCUGUCAUCAGCCUGGCCCAGACGCCUCAUAGCAAGCCUGGCCUGAUGGUUCCUCAACAGCAGGGGGCAAUGGCGAGGCCUCAGGUGACUCUGGCCCAGUCACCCAUGGUUACGCUCCAAGGCCAGCACCACAGUCGCAUCAUCAUGGGACAGCCGCAGGUGGUCAAACAGCUGCAGACAGUUCCUGUAGUGAAGCAGGCUCUAGCACCAGGGGCCAAGGUAACACUGGGGCCCCAGUCUAUGCUCCACGUAGUACAGAAAAACAGGCAGGAGGCAGGCGGAGGAAUCUUCAAGGAUGAUGAUGACAUAAAUGACGUGGCCUCUAUGGCUGGAGUCAACCUAUCAGAGGAGAGUGCCCGCAUUCUGGCAACCAACUCUGAGAUGGUCGGCGCGGUGACCCGCUCCUGUAAGGACGAGGCCUUCCUCUACACCUCCUCACUAACACAGAGAGUACAUGAGAUAGGCAGGAGGUUAGGGGUGACUGACCUGGGGCCGGAGGUGAUCAACUACGUUUCCCAUGCUACACAGCAGCGGCUGCAGAACCUGCUGGAGAAAGUGACGGAGGUGGCGCAGCAGAAAAACAUCACCUUCAAGGAGGAUGAUAAGUAUGAACAGGUGAGUGACGUGCGAGCCCAGCUGAAGUUCUUUGAGCAGCUGGAUCAGAUGGAGAAACAGAGGAAGGAGGAGCAGGAGAGAGAGAUCCUGAUGAAGGCAGCUAAGUCUCGAUCACGGCAAGAGGACCCAGAGCAGCUUCGGCUUAAACAGAAGGCUAAAGAGAUGCAGCAGCAGGAGCUGAAUCAGAUCAGGCAGAAGGAGGCCAACAUGACGGCCCUGGCAGCCAUCGGCCCCAGGAAGAAACGGAAAAUGAACUCCCCCGUCAGCGGAGCCGGGGCUGAGGAUUCUUGCUCUGGUCCCUCUCCGUCAGGUGUGUACAAUAGCGGAGGCUCCAGGCCUCAGCGCCAGCGCAUCACCAGGGUCAACCUCAGGGACCUGCUCUUCUGUCUGGAAAAUGAGAGAGAGACCAGCCGCUCACACCUGCUCUAUAAAGGCUUCCUCAAAUAA